CAAGCAAGAUGAAUUCCGUGGGGGGCACUGUAGAAUCAUUUAACAGCACAGGGAAGGGGAAACAAAAUUUCGAAAAUUCCAAGAUUAGAAGUGGAGCAAUAAUCCGUAACCCACAUCCUGGCUCUGUUUCCUCUGUAGGAGGAACUCUAUGCUCCUUUCUCCAAGAUGGUGAUGGUGAUCAGAGUUUUGCUGGUGCUGACAUUCAGAGUGGAGUCCAAGAGUUGAAUAAUGAAAAGGAUGAAGACGGUACUAAGGAUUUAUGGGCACAGUUGCAGAAAAUAGGUGUUGAAGAUGAUUCCUUGGGAGUUGUAUACUGGUACCUUUUUAACAAUCCUACUGCUUUAAAAGGUUUUAAUGGUGUUCCAAUUCAUGAGCGCAAGAACAUGUUACCUAUCAUUGUGCCAAACUAUCAACCCAAGGGAUCUAAUCGGAAUGUUAAGAUAACAUAGCUACUUCGAAAGAAGUUCACAUGAAGAAGUGCUAUGAAUAAAACUUGAAGUAAAGUGCUACUAUAUAUGUAUGUGGGUAACCUUUGU